AUGUAUAAGAUAUUUGCUCUCUUACUGCUUAUUCUUGUUGGUAGUGUGGUCGCUGAUGUACACAAAUUUAAAAUUCGAUCAAGUCAUAUUAAACGUGUCAGUGCAUCAUUAAAUCAUGGAACUAACAGUCUUGAUUGGUGUCCACAAUGUAUUAGUACUUUUGAUGAUUUAAUUGAAGUUACUCUUGAUAUUAUUCUUCAAUUUGGCAUUAUGGAUACAUGUGGUCAUUUAUGUGAUCUUGUCAUUGAAAAGACUGGCUCAGAACUUCUUGGAUUGAUUUGUACAAUGGGUUGUGAUUUUUUAGGCCUUGAAGAAUUUGCUAAAUUAGUGCAAAGUGCCGAUAUUGAUCCAAUCUAUUAUUGUGAAACAAUCAAACUUUGUCCAAUCAAUGAUAAUGGUGAUGCUAAAUUUAAAUCAUUUGCUAUUCUUCCACCACGUGCUCAAACUGGUAGUACAAUUGAUGUUAACAUGGUUUUUGUAACAAAAAAUGGAACUGGUACUGGUGAAAUGAUUAUUAUGAUUCAAACAGUCGAUAAAAUUCCACUUGCUUCUGGUUUCUUACUCGAAGCUAAACAACCUGGUACUUAUGGUGAACGUAUUACUAUUGAUACUACUGCUGAUCCAGAUUGUGAUCCUACUGAAAAACAAUGUGAACUGUGGUUAGAAGGUACUUAUAAUGUUACGGUUAUGCUUUGUAAUGGACAAUGUGGUUCACAUCAUCCUCACACAGCUGUUUAUGAUAUAGGUCGAGGUUCAUUUACGCUCUAUGAAGAGUAA